CAAUCUGUCUGGAGUGAAAGCAGACUGCCAGCCCAUCCUCAAGUUUCACUACACGCUUGGACAUCUCACAUACACAUAUACACACACACACACAUACACACACAUAUACACACACACACACACACACACACACACACACACACACACAACAAUGAGCUCUGUCUUUGAACUGGAAACACUUAAUUUCAUGCACUGGAUUUGAGCAGCCGCGGAUUUUAGCUCCAUAUGAGGAAGAAAAUCUUGAAAGCACCUUGUCUCCUCUUGAGUCUGUUCACAAGUUUAAAUCUCUGCUCCGGAAAAUUUGGAACACCCAUAACUGAUGAUGUGAGCAAGCUGUCGUUACUGAAGCAGAAUAUCCCUUCUGAUUAUGAGAUUCCUGUUAAUUACAUUCCCAAAGAAGUGGCUGGCACAUGCUGGGUGGUGUUAAAUAUCUAUCCUUUGGAGCAAAGUCUUCGGAAGUUGGCCAACAUGUUCGGUGCCGUGUCGUCCAACAAAGAAAACAUAGUUGUCUUCAUUGCCAUGCUGAAGAGUUUACGCUUCACCUUUGACCACGAGGAACUGGAAACAGCGAUGCAACUCUUCCAGUGUCACUAUCAGGAAGGGAGCUUAAUGUCUGGUCUUUACUUUAACUACAUCAAAGACGUCUUACAUGCUGCCUCUCAAGGAACAUCCGGCUUCUCAUGCAAGCCGCCACCAUGCCUUAAUCCACAAACACCAGAAGGUCCGGAAUACAGCUGGUCAAAGAGAACUCCCUUGAUGCUGGCUCUCAUACCCUUCACAGCUUGUGUUGUUAUCCUGGUGUGGCUGGCGAAGUCUGGAAGGCGUUUACCGGUCUGCAACUCUGAAAAUAGCCAAAUGGCACCUCCUGACAUGAUCCCAACUGUGUCUAUCUCCAUCCCACUUCAAACACUCACCCACACUGCUGAAACUCAGCCAGUGGGGGAGGCGAUCCCUGAACAUGAGAGUGGAUGAAGCAUGACUAAUAGCAAAACAAACACACAAAAAAAAGGGAAAUCUGGACCGCAGCAUAACAACUCACUCUCCAGGUUGAUCAGUUAUCUGCAGGAGCCUGCUGGAUAAACGAGUGCGCUCCGACACUCUUCCUCUGCUUUCACUCAUCUGAGUGCAUGGACCUGAGCUACGAGAGAAAACUCACCUGCUGUGAAGGCGGGCAGUAUCACAAAAUUCCCCAGGCACUUCUAGCACUUAAACAUCCAAAGAGGUUGUUUGGGACCAGAGGAAGAACUCUCUACACAAUGGCUGGUUGUCUGCCAAAAUGGCUGGUGAAGCACAUUAAUUGUCUUGGCUUGGCUUCGGCCUUCUCUAAGAAAGUUAAUUUUUUUCUUUUUUUUACAUUCCUGCCACUCUGAACUGUUGCCAUUCAGGGUGUUGCCGUGGUCCAGUUUUGAGCUGCAAUCAAACGUAUCGCCAGAUCAAAUCAAAAUGAUGUCACACUGUUUGGAGGACAUCAUUUCAUUCUGAGACGGGGCUCCUGUCAGCAAUGUGUCGGCUGUGUCCUAGUGGACACAGAGACUGUCCUUUCACUGCUGUACUGUCAACACACUGAACCCCAAUCUGCUCCUGUAUUCUGACUUCGACUGUAAUGCAUUAACGGUAUAUGCAAAUAAGUGCAUUCCAAAUCAAAUAUUGCCUUUUAAUAACACAACUGCAUCAGAAGUAAAGGGCCGAUUGAAGAAGCUGCAUUUGAUCUAUUGCAGCUUGUCUUGUACUUGUUGUUGACAUUAUUCUGAUCUGUGAUCUGCCACAAGCUGCCAACCUGCUAGUCACAAACAACACGCUGAGCAGUUCAACAAGCGUCCUACUUUGUGUAUCAAAGAUCUGACCAGAUGGCAGAUAGCCAUCGCCAGAGGCACUUUGAAUCCCGUCAUUGUAUUUCAAAGCUGUUGCCCAGUGAUCUAUAGCUGCUGCUCAGGCCCCAGUGAGUGUGUUAGAGUUUUUAAUGCCUUAUUCACUGAGUCAAUCAUGUUCAGUCAUGAGAACAUGACUCCCCGAGUGUGAGCGCUCUUGUGCUGUAUGUGUCAGAGAGAGGGAGCGAGAGACAGGACAGGCAGGACGAGGGAUAGUGAGGGAGAUAGGGAUAGAUAGAUGGAUGGACGGAUGAGCUCAGUGAGAAGCAUAAGGAGGGCUUGUUCUCGUCACAAAAGAACUGGCCGUAGGCUGGAGGAAAUACCAGUUACAAACACGACUGAUGUCGGCAGAUCCCUAUGAAUCAACAGGCGAAGAAUCUUUCCCGACCGCAGGCUAUGUGGCCUGAUCUACAGAGGAUUGUUAGUAUAUUAUAAUGAUUUACUUCCAAAACACCUUGUGAAAUAUGGAAAGACAUGCCUAUAGUAAAAUAAGGUCUUCAACCUAUGUCUUUCUGGGGACCAAUUUGUAUAAUCUUUCAUAUUUUAGUUUUAUUUUGUGAACAUGAGUAUUUGUGUUGUAUGUGAGAUGUUUAAGUUAUUUUUUUCUUUUUUACAAGAUCAACCACUUACAAAAUAUAAUAAACUUUUUAUAUAAUUGUAAUUGUAAAAAUUUAGCAAUUCAUCAUGAAUGUUCGAGGGGUGGACAAAAUACUGUGAAAAAGCAUAACUUUAAAGUAACCAAACUAUUAUUGCAAAGUGCUCUACAGCAGUGGGUCAUAUAGUUGUAUGCCAGUAGCUAUAUUUGUCAUCCCUCUAUAUUCAUGUAUAUUGUAUAUCUCAUUAUUAGUUUCAAAUUCUGAUCACUAUUUCUCUUUGUUGUGAUUAUUUCCAAGACUUCAAGUUUUUGUUUUCCUGUCUCUUGUUUUUCUUCUUAUCUGUCUCAUCUUUAAUGAUUCACAUAUAAAAGUGCUGAUUGUCUUUUAUAUCUGGCUUAUUGGCAUUUAAAUGACUACCAUAUGGCCCACAUUUGUAGCACUUCAAAGUCAUUUGGUCAAUCUACUUUUUAACUAAAUGUUGUAUGAAGUGGAAACAUUAUUUUGUCCACCCCCUGCACAUGGCCCAUGAGCAAAACCAUGCUGUUAAUAUUAUAUGUAUAUUCUGAUACUAUUUGUCAGCAAUGUAAAAACUAUCAUCUUAUUAAUGUUGUAGUAACACUAUACAAAACACAUACAUACACAAAAGACAUGAGGUUCACUUAACAUGGACAAAAUUUCAUUUCAAAGAGACAAAAAUUCACUGACUGGGGUUUUAAUGUUUUAUUUUUGUCAUUGCCAUGGUUACUGAUUGCACAAAUAACAAUAGCACAAAUAAAAUGUUUUUGUGAUUAAACUUGUAAUAAUAAAAC